AUGACGGACCGCAAAGUUGACAGGGAAUCGGUGGAGGUCUCACCCGUGAAGCCCUCUACAGAACCCCCAGCGGCCCUCGCUCGCGAGCCGAUGGUCGACCAAAAGCGAGCGUCCACUAGGACGGAGAGUCCUCCUGACAAUACAAUCGAUGUGUCCGAGGACCAGAACCUCCCAAGUCGCUCAAAGCUGCGUAUCUUUAGUAUAAUGCUUAUGCUAUGUCUCGUCCUUUUCUUAUCGGCGCUUGAUCAAACCAUCGUUGCCACAGCUAUCCCUUCUAUAACUAAAGAUUUACGCUCAGCUUCAGGCUACACAUGGAUCGGUGCCGCAUAUUUACUAUCCAUGUGUGCCACCAAUCCCAUGUGGGUGAGGAUUAGUGAUAUCUGGGGCCGCAAGCCUGGCCUUUUGGGAGCAAUCGUCAUCUUUGCUAUUGGUAGCACCAUCGCAGCGGCAGCUACAAAUAUUGCGAUGCUAAUUGCGGGCAGAGCAGUGCAGGGUAUGGCCGGUGGUGGGAUUAUAUCGCUAGUAUAUAUAAUAAUCGCGGAUCUCUUUAGCAUGCGACAUCGAGCACUAUAUAUAAGCGCCACUGCACUCGUCUGGGUACUCGCUGGGACCACCGGUCCUGUCAUCGGAGGAGCACUGUCACAAUAUGCGAGCUGGCGCUGGUGCUUUUGGAUCAACCUCCCUGUCUGUGGCGCCUCAUUCAUCACCUUGAUGCUUUAUCUUAACUUGCAUAACCCACACACGAAGCUCAGGGACGGCAUCAAGGCUAUUGACUGGAUUGGCACCUUCUCUAUUCUAACCAUAGUCGUCCUACUGCUACUCGGCCUCGACUUCGGCGGCGUAACUUUUCCCUGGAACAGCCCAACUGUCAUCUGCAUGAUCGUAUUUGGAACGGCGCUGAUCGACUUCUUCCUCUUUGCAGAGAAAAGGCUCGCCAGGUACCCCUUAAUGGACCUACGAAUCUUCAAGGACUGGUCAAACAACGCCGUCAUCAUUGUUGCGGCCACACAUAGUAUGGCGACUCGAGGCUCAGAGUACUAUCUGCCUCUAUACUUCCAAAGCGUGCAGCAAGCCUCACCUACCAAAAGUGGUGUUCUCAUCCUACCAAUGAUGAUCGCCGCGUCCCUUUGCGACUUGGGAGUCGGCGUUUUAAUCCAUCGGACGGGUCGCUAUCGAGAAAUAAUUUGGACCGGGACAGCAUGCUUGACCCUCGGGACAGGGCUAUACGUUUUACUAUGGAUUGACACAUCCCUUGCAAAAGUUAUCUGUUUCGAGAUUAUUGGUGGUGUCGGGCUUUCCCUUCUCCUUUCAACACCCAUGCUUGCCAUCCAAAAUAAUGUCGAUCAAGCUGAUGUUGCGGUAGCCUCCUCGACGUUGGGUUUUGUCCGCAGCAUUGCAACGUCACUGUCCAUUGUUCUUGGUGGUGUCGUUUUCCAGGAUAGCAUGACUGCCAAACACACAUCCCUUGUUACCGCAGGCCUCAGCCCAGCCUACCUUGAUGCCUUCUCCGGCUAUGAUGCAGCUGCCAAUGUGGAUCUAGUCUCCACAAUUAAGGACCCAGCGCAGUCUCGGGCGGUGCAGGAAGCUUAUGCCUACAGUAUGCGAAACAUGUUCAUAAUGUACACCGCAGUUGCCGGAGUUGGGCUAUUGGCCAGCCCUUUCAUUAAACAGCGACAUAUGAGCAAAGAGCAUACGGAGACUAAGACUGGAAUCGCGAACAUGACAGAAAAUAAGCAGAAGACUUGA